UCUGAACGAUAAAUAAAUCAAUUGAUAGCAAAAUGAAGAAACUCCAUCUCAUGAAGAAACCUCAUCUUCCCAAGGUUAACCCCGCGAACCACUUUGAAGGGGUAGUGGGCGAUGACAAUAAUCACAACAAAGAGGAUGAGUUUGUCGACACUCCCAUCCCGCUGCUGACAUGGCGGUCCUUCAUGAUGGGUAUCUUCGUGUCAAUGGGUGGAUUCCUCUUUGGCUACGAUACUGGCCAGAUUUCUGGAUUCCUGGAGAUGAAGGAUUUUCUCCAACGAUAUGGUGAGCCGAGUGGGGAUGGGAGCUUUUCUUUUACGAAUGCUAGAUCGGGAGUUAUAGUUGGUUUGCUCUCAAUUGGCACACUCAUCGGUGCUCUGGUCGCAGCACCUAUCGCCGAUCGAGUUGGGCGCAAAUGGUCGCUGUCGAUUUGGAGUUUGAUGGUCUGUAUUGGAAUAACAAUUCAGAUCUCCUCGCCUAUCGGCAAAUGGUACCAAGUAGCCAUGGGUCGGUGGGUUGCUGGUCUAGGAGUAGGCGGAUGCUCUUUGAUUGUGCCCAUGUACCAGGCUGAGUCUGGUCCAAGACAUAUUCGUGGUUCGCUGGUCAGCACCUACCAACUUUUCAUCACACUCGGCAUCUUCGUCGCGAAUUGCAUCAACUUUGGAACAGAGGCACGGCCAGAUACAGGGUCCUGGCGAAUUCCAAUGGGCAUCACGUAUCUCUGGGCUAUCAUUCUAGGCGCUGGAAUUGCGUUCUUCCCCGAAAGCCCUCGGUACGACUAUCGGCAUGGUAAAGUCGACAAAGCUAUUGACACUCUGUCGAAGAUGUAUGGCAUUCCCAAGAACCAUCGAGCCUUGCAUGUGGAAUUUGAAGAGAUCAAAGAGAAAUACGAACAGGAAGUGCAGCGCGGGAAGACAAGCUGGAUUCGAAUGUUUCGGGCUCCUCGAAUGGCAUAUCGGCUUGCGGUUGGGACGUCUCUGCAGGCUCUGCAGCAGUUGACCGGUGCCAACUACUUCUUCUACUAUGGCACGACUAUCUUCAAAGGAGCUGGGAUUCCAAACAGCUUUGUCACACAGAUGAUUCUUGGUGGCGUGAAUUUCGGUACCACCUUCCUCGGAUUGUAUCUGAUUGAAAACUACGGCCGCCGCCGCUCGCUUGUUACCGGCGCCCUCUGGAUGUUUGUCUGCUUCAUGAUCUUCGCCUCCGUCGGCCACUUUUUGCUCGACCACGAACAUCCCGAACGCACCAAAACGCCUGGCGUCGUCAUGGUAGUCUUCGCUUGCCUGUUUAUCCUGGGCUUCGCCAGUACAUGGGGCCCUAUGGUGUGGAGUAUCAUCGCAGAGCUAUAUCCAAACGAGUUUCGAGCUCGUGGAAUGGCGCUUUGCACAGCUUCUAACUGGCUGUGGAAUUUCCUAUUGGCCUUCUUUACGCCGUUUAUCACGAGUGCAAUAGACUUCCGAUUUGGAUAUGUAUUUGCGGGGUGUUUGUUCCUGGCUGCGGGCGUUGUGUACUUCUGUGUCAUUGAGGGCAAAGGGCGGACAUUGGAGGAGAUUGACACGAUGUAUGUGAUGAAGGUCAAGCCGUGGAAGAGCUCCAAGUUUGUGUUUCCCGAGAUGGAGGCAGCCGAGAGACGGUCGUCCAAGGGGGGUGCGUCGCAUGCUUCUGUUUGAUUGUAUAUUAAUUAGUAUUGAAUUGAUGUGAUACUGUUGCAUGCUCUAUCA